CUUCUCUCCUCUCGGAAAAGAAAGUCAUGCCUGUUGUUUGUAGCGAUUUUCAUUUGGUCUAUUAAAUUUACUGUACCUUUAUGCAGCGGUCAGUAUAACAAGUAAAAUGUAGCGCGUUUUUUUUUCUACUAUUACGUACAAUUUGUAUGUGAUUCAUAACAUUUGACUUGGCCUAGGCCUAGCUAGUGAAACUUUAUAGACGCGGCGUAGGGGCUUAUCCUCCUAGGCUAGAGGCUAGCCUAGGCCUAGCCCUUAUCAAUCUUCAAAUUACUGACACGGAGAUGUUGCAUGUCAGUACGGUAUUGACUUACAUGCAUCAGGGAUCAGAUUUGUUUCAAGCUUAUUUUUAAAGCACGGCUCCUUCCUUUUUCAAGAAGUAUGCCUAGAAAGUGGGUAGAAAGAGAUAGCCAUGAUAAAUGAAUUACGACCCAGAGAGCCUAUUCCGCAGUUUGAAAGAACCAUAUCGAAACUGCAGAAAUUGGAGAAUGGGGAAGGUUGGCCGUACAAUGCAGGAGCGAUGGCCAUAGCAUUGAAUGCCGGGCUUGUCGGACUCGUCUCUAAUUCCUACUUUCGCCGGAUGCUGAAGGUGCGAAAAUUGCUCGUGUUCACCAGUCUGCCGAUGGCGGUUUUGCCUGCAUUAAGCAUCACUCCUGCUUGGGUAAUGUUAAUUUCUAAGCCGCUGGUAGAAGGCAGUUUGAGGUGCGAUAUUUGUGCUCAGAUGCGUGGUGUUGCCCUAAAUUUUACAUUCGGUUUAAUCUACCCAAGUAUUAUAGCAAUGCCACUUGUAGCCUCCAUUGCUCUUCGGCAUAAGACAGUUGAAGUCCCGGAGAUGAAAUUUAGCAAAGCUGCAAUUAACGCGCAAAUGAAGUUCUGGGUACAGAAGAGCCGUUUCUUCAAGUCACAGUUUAUAAGCCUAGCUUUGUUCCAGUGCGUGGCAGGAAUGUACAUAGCUCACAAACAGUACGCGGUUGCUCUUGAAUAUGUACACAAACCUAAAUGGAAGUCAAUGGAAGAGUUACAUUGAAUUAUAGUUUUAUGAGAGAUAGAUAUAUGUCACAUUUUAGAGACUACUAAAGCCUGUUUUUCACUUUACAAAUUUAUUUGAAAAGCGUCGAAAGCGUCUGUUGAUUAUUCAUUCAUUCACAUUUCUAUCUGAGUUUUCGCUUCAGCGAAAUUGGUAGGUGGUCUGAACCAAGGGGUGACUGAGAGCCUCGGUCAGUGUCCCGGAAUAAAAAUCCCUGGUAACGUUCAUGAGAUGAAGUUAUAUUGCUUAGUAUGGCCCAAAGUGUGCUUUUAGACCACAAUAUUAGGGAUUGGCAAUCAAAAUAGUGUUAUUUGGAUAGGUAAGUUAUUGUUUUUGGUGCGACAACCUUUCAUGGCAUCGGACGACGGUUGGUCCAGCCAGGCCUGUCCGAUGAGGAGGGUGUAAAUGUCCUCCCAUUGUCACCACCACUGCUACAGUGGUUAAAUAGGUGAGCAUUGUGAAUAUGUGAUAAAUAUGCAAUAAAUUUUCUUCAGAUUACCUCAA